GAAAUUACAAUGUUUCGCCCUCCGCUACUAUCAGUGGGUCACAGUCUAUGUUCUCACAUAUGCGGACUGUUUUCUCUGAUUCUUCUCCAAGGUGUAAGUGUAACCUCCACGCCUCCCAGUGCCUGCUGACUGAGGGGAACCUCCAGUGCCAGUGUGAACACAACACCACCGGGCAGGACUGCCAGCGAUGCAAGAAGGGCUUCAAAGCCAAGUCCUGGAAAGCAGGUUCCUAUCUGCCUGCACCAACUGGGACCCCCAACACCUGUACAAUUGCUGGUUCCCCCUCCGGUUCUAACAGGAAAGAGGGUGAGGAUGACGUUGAAGCUGAAACUGAAGCAACGUUCAUCUCCGAAGCUGAACGGUCGCCGGCCGUUACACACGAGCCUUUAAGUUCUCCUUUGGAAGAAGAUUCGGACCUCAAAGUCCCCGUUGCUGAGGUUGGAAACUCACUUUUCAGUUCUCUAAACCCUCAUCAUCUUGAUAAAAGUGAAGACAGCGGAGCUCCAGCGCCAGAAAGCAGAUUUACAGAGGGCUCAGUCCCUCAAACGCACCACGCGUUAUCCACCCGCACUUCAUCUGAGCCUCCGCUGGUACCGACGGGACAAUCUGACACGCUUCCUGUCGGAACGGAGCUCCAUCCUCCUUCGUUGUCGUCUCCGCCGGGGGAGGACGGAGUUUCUCCGCCACGGGAGUUCACUCGUUCAGAAACGGUUCCUGAGCAUUCACAUCUGUCCCACCCUGUUCCAGAAGGUUCCUCUCAUCACUCUGUCACUAAUUAUCAUCAUCAUCAUCAUCAUCACAUAGAAGAGCCUACUGUAAAAGUUCAGCAUCAUUCAAGCCUAACUGAUGGAGUUUCCCACAAGUCUAUACAUGAGAGUCACGGACACAAGGCAACAAGCUCCACUGAACAUGAGCGAGGCAAGGAGGAGGAGGAGUACAACGAAGAGGAAACAUCUAAAACGACAGGUGCCCACAGUCCACAGCCGCAACACGAGACCCACGGCCACAAACCAACAACUUUAUCUGAACACGAGGGGCGGCGCAGAGAGGCGGGGGGACAUGCAGAGGCUAAAGACCUCCACAAGUCUGAAGAGUACACACAUGAAACUCACGGCCACAAAAUACCCUCAUCCGUGCAUGGAGAGAAAGGGAAGCAAACAGAAAAUCAUGUGGAAAUUAAAGACCCCCAUGCAUCUAUGGGACACAAACAUGAAACUCAUGGACACGCAACAAAAACCUCCUCUGGGCACGUGGGAGACGUCAAUGAGGCUGAGAAGACAGUUUCCCACAUGACGAAGGGACAUGUACACGAGGCUCAUACAUCAACUGGCUUGUCUGAACAUGGUGAAGAGCAGCACACAAAGACAAAUCCUCAUAAGACAGAGGGACACGGACAUGAGGUGCAUGGCCACAGAACGACUUUACCUGAACACGAAGAGGGAAAAAACACAAAGUUUCACACAGGUGUGUAAUGUAGCAGCUCUGUAGUGUCACGUAGGUACAUAAACUGCCAUUGUAGUUUAGCAGCAGAAACCAAUAGUGGUUAAUUUAUCAACAUGACCUCUAACAGUAGUAAAUGACCCCCCGAUAGAAAAAAGGCAGGAAUGCAUCUUAGUGUCUGCUUUCUUCCUGGCUUUGCUUAUGACAACGGCAACUGUGAUGUAACAGUUUCCCACAUAUUUGAGGGACACGCACAUCAACCGCAUGGCCACGAAACACCCACUUCAUCCCAGUCGCAUGGAGAGAAAGGCCAUGAGCAAGACAUAAAAGACACACAUGGGCACGUUAAACCAGCCAGUCACAGGCACGAGGAGCAUCCACACAGAACAGCAGAAGCUACAGCCUCCCACACAUCGGAGCAACAGCAUCAUGGAACGAAAGGCCAUCACGCGUCUGAGGAACAUUCGCUGAAGCAUCAAACAUUAUCUCAUCAAGGAGAGGGCCACAUACAAACACAAGCUGGAAGGAAAGGUACUCUUGUUAGCUGGAGUGGUUAGAAGUGCUUUAUGUGGUAGAACUGCAUCGGGUGGCUUAGGUUCAUAUAUGUGGAGGCUUGAAAUGCAAGAGAUAUAAGUCGCAUGUGAUGUGUUUUAUGAAUUGGAGCUUUUCUUCCUGACACAAUGACUUGUGACCUCAUGAAGGGUGUUACACGUGAUUGCUGGAUUUUUUAUAGUCUGAUCUGUAAUUAACUUUUUUUAUUCGAUUGUUAGGGUGAGUUUUUCUUAUUAAAAAGAAAACAUAACCAAAGAAAAAUACCACUUUUGACAAUUUUGGUGCAUCUGCCACACAAUAAAUUCGUAAAUGAAGUUUGUAGAUGUACAGAAGAUUUAUUUAUUGUCUACUAUGUAGUGUUUAAAGGAUCUAUGCCAAUAGUUUUUUCUUUAUUUAAUGUGAGCUGUGAUGAUUUUCAAGAAAAAAUAUUUGACUUGCUCACAAGCAAAAAUACUUAUACAAUCUUCAAAAAAAAUGUGUCCCUGAAAAAAAUGGUGGAAAAUCACUUGCCGUUCAGGGCUUCAAUAGGUUUACACACAAGUUACACCUUGUAAAAAUGUAUGAAAGUAAAAUAAUAAUCUUCUUUUAGUAUUGUUACUUUUGAAUUAACAAUAAAAUUGAUGGGUUAGACCAGCACACAUCUGUGGAACAUGGACAUGUAAUUCAGAGCCAGACAUCAUCUCAGCAUGGAGAGGAGAGAAGAGCUGUGUCAGCCCCUCACAAAUCCAGUGGACAUGUUCAUGAGACUCAUAGCCAACAAACGGCAACAGAUGAGCAAGGGCACGGUGAUGCUCAGAAAGCAGUCUCCCAGAUGCAUGAGAGUCUCGCACAAGGCCACAAAACCGCAGCCUCACAUGGACAUGGAGAGGAGGAGCAUGGACACAACAAAGUAGAAAGGACAGGUAUACAGUGUGGAUGUAAUAAUUUAAUCGCAGUAAUGUGAAGCUGGACUGAUGAAAUCAGCAUCAGAGAGAGAAAACAGCCUGCCGCUUUCUUUUUUUGCUACAUCAGAACCACAAAUGUUAAUGUUUUUAAUGGGAUUUCACAUGACGGAGCCACAGCAAUUAGUGCAUAGCUGUGAACCAGAGGAAAAAAGGAUGCAGGUUUUUACAGAUAAAAAUAGGAAAUGUGCGUGUUGUCAACGUCAUAGGUGAACUUCUAAUCCCAUUCAAGUUAAUUACUGCCUCUAACUGGGUUUCAUCCAGUAUUCGUCUCUCCAUCAGCUCUGGCACGCUGCAUAAUCCUGCCACCACCAUGUUUCACAAUCCCCACAAGCCCAGUGGACAUGUACAUGAUGUUCAUGGUCACAUAUCGGCAACCCCACAUGGGCGUGGAGAAGAGGGGCGCACACACAUAAACACUGAAAGGACAGAUCCUCAUGAGUCUCAGACUGUUGUACAUCAUGGCCACAAAUCGACUACCUCACAUGGACAUGGAGCGAUGGAGCAUGCGCACGCAAAAGUUGAAAGUACAGAUGCUCAUGUGUCUCACACCCAUGUGCAUCACGGUCAGAACCCCCUGGCCUCACACAGGCACGGAAAGACAGAGCACUCCCACGGACAAGUUGAAGCGAUUGAAACGACAGGUAUAGCUGUUAGAUGGAGUAGACGUUAUUCUCUUGAAAUCAAAUAAUGUACGAUAUUCAGCAGAUACGUUUGCAAAAUGGCGAGAAAAAAAAGGACAACGGUUGUGCAGACUUGUCAUCUUGUUGACAAUGCUUAUUUCAA